UUUUACUAUUAUUCCACAUACCACCGCAUCUCUCACUAACCAGCCUUUCAUCGGCGGCGAGGCAAAGCAAGGCGGUCGCCGCUUGCAUGCUGCCUCCGCCAUCAUCACAAUUUUUUGUUAAUUAAUUAAUUAAUAAUAACAAUUAACAAGUAACAUUUUUGAUUGAAAGAAAUUGUGUUAGAAUUGCAGCUAUGAAUGAGGAAGAGCAAAAGUAUGACAUAAUGUCAUCAUCUUCAUCAUCUUCUCCGUUGCCAAGCGAUACGGAGGAGGAGUUGCAACACAUGACAUUGGCGCCGGUGGCGUGGAAGAAUAGAAAGAGGCUAUCGAAGCAGUUGUCAAUGUGCGAAAAACCUAGAGACAUAGCAUGGGAGAGAAGGAGGAGACAAGAAAGAAGGAGGAGUAUUGUUAAUGAUUGUGUUUGUGAUGAUAUAACAGAUGAGGAUUUGCAUGAGCUUAAAGGAUGCAUAGAACUUGGAUUUGGUUUCAAUGAAGAAGAUGGUCAGAGAUUGUGUAAUACAUUACCUGCACUUGAUCUUUAUUUUGCUGUUAAUCGAGGUUUGUCACCAAGCCCUGUUUCUACACCUCAAAGUCGUGCUUCAUCCCUUGGUGGACGUUCUUCUUCCUUUGGAAGCCCUAGAAGUGAUGCUGACUCAUGGAAGAUUUGUAGUCCAGGGGAUGACCCUGAAUUGGUCAAGACCAAGUUAAGACAUUGGGCUCAAGCUGUUGCGUGUUCCGUGAUGCAAUCUUCUUGAAUUUGAAUUGUUUCAAGCAGAGGAGUUUGUUUCAACUUUGUAGGAAUAUGAAAAACAUGAAGAAUGGACAAAGAAGAAUAAAAGGAGCUCGGUUUCAAAUCUAAUCACUCAGAUUAUUUCUUAAUUCUGAUACUUUUUUGGCUCCAACAUAGGUUAGAGGAAAACGGCCUAACCAAUCACCCCUACAUUUUCAUUAUUUACCUUUUCUCUUCAUAUAGUUUUAAUAUCAAAUUGUGUCUCAAUAUAGAAUUUUUGAGGUGUGAAAUAUUGUUAGCAUGUAUGUAUUGCCUAAUUUCGUUAACAUGUGGAAGAUCGAAUUUGAAGGUAAUGUAUUGUCACUAAUUGUGAGUAUAGAUAAGUUGUGCUUCUCUUUAGCUUAGAACAUACACUUUGACUCGGCAUGACUUGUGAUGAUAAAGAUACAAAGAAGUGCAAUUGCAAAUAUGUAAUUGUUAUUUGUUUCAUCCCAAUUCCCUCUUUAUGUAACUUAAUGGUGUUUUCAAUU